AUGCGUUGCUCCUGGAUGUGGCUUGCCCUGCUGCUUCGUAGCCUUGACCUCUGCGCCGCCAUCCAGUGGCUGAGCCUGGCGGCCAAUGGGACGCAAGUGGCCUGGGAUAACCCCCAGGACUGCCGCCUUCUAGCAUCAGCCGCCUUCGCCCGGCUUUGCCGGAGGCACCUGGAGGCGAUGCCCAGCCUGGUGGAAGCGGCACGCCAGACCAAGGCUGUCUGCCAACAGACCUUUGCCAACUCCCGGUGGAACUGCUCGUCGGUUGAGGGGGCGCCGCACUUGGCCCCAGACCUACAGAGGGGCACCAGGGAGUCCGCCUUCGUUUACGCCCUGGCAUCUUCCGCCGCCAGCCACUCCAUUGCCCGGGGCUGUGCUUCUGGUCAGGUCCCUUUCUGCUCCUGUGGCUCCACUCCCGCUGAGGCACCCCACCCCAGCUUUCAGUGGGGUGGCUGUGGGGACAAUCUCCCCUUCGGACUCCAGCUGGGCUCUGCCUUUGUUGACGGCCCCAUGAAGUUCAGCAAGGCGGGGACGCAGAUCUCUAGGGUCCUAAACCUCCAUAACAAUGCAGUGGGCCGGCAGGUCCUGUCAGACUCCCUGGAGACUAAGUGCAAGUGCCACGGGGUGUCUGGAUCUUGCAGUGUCAAGACCUGCUGGAAAGGCUUGCAGGAUUUAGCCGCCAUUGGCUCAGAGCUCAAAUCCAAGUACCUGGAGGCCACGCAAGUGAUGCCUUGGCUUGUGGGCAGCAGAAGGCAGCUGGCACCCAGAGGAGGCAGGGUCCGGCCCCUGAAGGCAGAUGAACUGGCCUACCUUGUACAUUCCCCCACUUAUUGUCUGAAGAACCCCAAGCUGGGCUCCUUGGGGACUCAGGAUAGGCCUUGCAACAAGACUUCAGCAGGCAGUGGCGGGUGCCCCCUCCUCUGCUGUGGCCGCGGCUACAAUACUUAUGCAGAGAGGGUGGAGGAGAAGUGCCACUGCAAGUACCAUUGGUGCUGCUACGUGACUUGCAAGAAGUGCCAGCAGGUGGUUGAAAAACACGUCUGCAAGUGA